ACGGGAUCCUAUAGCAUUAAAAAACAUCUUGUCGAUUGGUUAAAUAUUUGAGUUUGAAUCUAAGUACCUAGUAGUGUGUUUUCCUGUCUGGACGAUAAGAACGCCAACAUGAACUAUAAUGUCGGAGACAUAUUAACAAACUAUUCAACAGAAAACGUCUUGAUAAUAAUGGAACCAAUAUGGAACAUGUCACUGUGCAGCUUUAAAUAAUUAAGCAAAAAAAGAUACACAUGGCAUCAACAAAAGUUAUGUUAGAACUACCAGAUGGCAUGAUAGAAAUGGGGAAAGAACUAAAAUUAAAAUGCAAAUCCCUCAAAGAUAAUCAUUCACAUCAAAGCAGGCAGUGGAGAGGUGGUGAAGACAAUAAACUGUUAUGCUAUGACGGCGUAACCAUUGAUUCAAAGAAAUAUAAGGAAGAAAUAAAAUCAUCAACUGUUUAUGAACUCACUGUUGAAAAAGUAUCAGAAAGUGACUUACAGUGUCCUUAUGCUUGCCGAAUUGGAUUUGACAUAGAUCAAAAAUUUCUAGACAUAAAUGAAAAGAAUUUUGUUUAUUUGCCUGACAGAAAUGCAACUGAUCUCGUCUAUCAACAUCAAAAUGGAACAUUUAUACUGAGCCUUGAACUGCAGAAAGUCUUCCCGAAACCAGUCUGUAAGGUUAUUAUUAAUGGAGCUACUAAAAGUUUGACAGUUACAAAUGAGUCAAAGUUUCGUGUUCUUUGGAAUUUGACGUAUGGACUUGAAUCUGCUGAACCUCUUCAUAAUUGUUUGGAUCCCAUUCAAAUUGAAUGUUUUGUAGGAAAAAGGACACUUACAUUUACAGUAGAACACACGUUUGUUUGCAAGGAUCUACAGAUUGGUGAGGAAACUAGAUUACUAAUAAGCAUAACAGUGUGCAUAGCAGCCACACUUCUUGUUGCAUUACUAGUUAUAGCUGUAUGUUAUGUGUGGAAAAAGUCCUCAAUCACUUGUCAAACAUGA